AUGCGGUCUUCUGUCAAGCCAUCUGCAUAUCCAUUUUUACCCUUACAAAUCAUUCGUUUCCUCUCUCUACUUUCAGCUGUCGUCGUCGGAAUCAUCUUAGCAGUAUUUAUUUCUCACCUCCACACUGACGGAUAUAAGUUACCUUUUGCCUUUCUCAUCGUAAGGCCCACAGUAACACACAACACAUCCAAGCUCGAUACUAAUGCCAAAAUCACUAAACAGCUCCUCAUAACCGCCGCUCUUUCAAUCGUAAAUGUCAUCUUCACAGCUUUAGUCGGCUGCUGCUGCGGCCUCCCUACCAAGCUGUCACUAGCAUUGAACAUCCCUCUCCUCAUCCUCUGGGCCAUCUCCCUAGCCCUUCUAAGCUAUGGAAUGUCAAGCACAAUCCUCGCCUCCUGCACCAAAGAGUACUGGGGCAACUCAACCGGCAUAUCUGUCUGCCACAGCUACAAAGCCCUAUUCGCAUUCACAGCCGUAGGAACAGCAUCAUACAUGGCCGCCCUGGCACUAGACGUGAUUGUGCGCGGUCGCCAAAAUCGUCUGGGCGUUUACGAUCCUAUGAAUAGUCAAGCUGCGUUUGCGCCCGGCGAGGAUCCCAUGGAUUUUAAACUGGCCGACCGUCGCAGCGAAUCUGUGUCUGCUGUGCAUUAUGACGCUUCACCUGCAUCGGGUGGUCACCAUGCUACUUUCUCGAAUGGGGCUGAAUAUAGCCAUGCUGGUGAGGCACGGGGUUAUUAUGAUGAUGCGCAAGCUAGCAGAGGUUAUGGGCGUGUUGAUGCCUAUGAGCAGGACGAGUAUCAUCAUGCUUCUCGUCAGACUGGUUAUGAUGCUGGCUCGUACCGUUGA